GAAAUCUGAAAAACAAAGACAAGGAUCACAAGCAGCCUUGAUCGGUGACAAAGCAAUGCAAGCGAACCAAGAUUUGUUGAAUAUGGCGAUGGAAACAGAUCCAUUCAUGCUUCAACAACAACAGGUUGAACAACAGAUGUACAUGCUUGGUAUGCAACAACAACAACCGCAAUACAUGACUUAUUUCGACGACGGAGCAGAUGCAACGCCAGUGAGAGG